AUGCAACACGAGCCCGCCGUGGUGCAUAUUCACAGUGGUGGGGUGCGUGAGAAGGCUGCGGAUGGACCCGCGCAGCGUCUCGCAAAUAUUGUAGGUCACAAGCGGUUGGACCUGUUUGUCUCUGAGAUAGGGGGCCACCAUGGGCUGCUGNGUCUGUUUGAUGUCCGCUCAGAGGACCCCAAAGCGUGGAGCGGAGCUGCUGCCUUUCGUGGUGGUGUGUUAGCCGGCUCUGUGCCGGAGCGGCGUCAACGUUUUGGCGCUAACAGGCUGCCACGCGUUCAGAAAAAGACUGUGUGGAAUUUCAUUAAAGAGUCAGUCGCAGAAGACAGAAUACUGCAACUCCUCAUUGCCUCUGCGGUUUUGUCCAUUGUGCUCGGCCUCACUACGCCAGACUACCGUGAAGGGAAGGUAGAUAUGAGUACAGGGUGGGUGGAAGGUGCGGCUAUAUUUGUUUCUGUCUUCAUUGUUGUUUCGCUGAGUGCGUUGAACAAUUACAAAAAGCAGGAGCAGUUCUCAAAUGUCAUUGAGCGAGAUGAUCAGACCCGACGGCGUGUGCUUGUAUGGCGCUACGAGUCUCUCGCAGGUGAUGAACUUGGUUUGCGUAGUAUGGAGGUGCGCAGCGAAGACAUUGUGGUUGGUGACGUUGUGCAGAUUUCAGCCGGAAUGGAGUUGGGCUUUGACGCGAUUUUGUUCGACGAUUGUCACGUUGUGUGUGACGAGUGUAACGUGACGGGCGAGAGCGAUGAGGUACUCAAGGAUAUGAAUCAUGACCCUUUCUUGAUUAGCGGUUCCAGCAUUCUUGAUGGAUCAUCGGAGGCUGUAGCGAUCGUCUGUGCAGUAGGAGAGAGCAGCUUUGCUGGGGAAAUCGCCAUGGCUAUUCAGAAUACUGAGAAGAAUAACACACCGCUCCAGGAUCAGCUCGAGUCGAUGGCGGAGCGAAUUGGUAAGUUUGGUCUCUUGGCGGCCAUCUUUACCUUUGUUGCGCUUUUCCUCAAGGAGACUUACAAUGUGGUGGUGCACGGCAGUCCAUUCUUUGCCAUGAAGUUUUUCGAGAACCUCACAACUGCUAUCGCUAUCGUUGUGGUGGCAGUGCCGGAGGGACUGCCACUCUCCGUAACUAUUUCACUUGCUUACUCAAUGCGACGCAUGCUGCAGGACGGAAAUUUGGUGCGGCACCUUGCGGCGUGUGAGACGAUGGGUGGCGCGACGGUGUUAUGCACAGAUAAGACAGGUACCAUCACGUCCCCUAACGUGAAACUGGUGCGUGUCUUCUUUGAGGGACGUAACCAUGAGCGUCACAACGAUACUUUCAAUAGACCAGGCCUUCAGUCAGAAGCAAUUGUAACCGCUUCAUCCGUGAGGACGGCCACGCAGUUAAUGGAGUGCGUUGCAAUUAGUGCCUUGGAUCCUGAGUUGGGGCGGGCACAAACUAAAACUGCAGAGGCCCUGAUGCAGUUGGAUUCAAACAUUUGUAUUGCCUCUGAGGGAGGGUCCGUGGCACCAUUUUCCUACAAUGUUGAUCCAUUGCUGGCUAUCAUGCGGGAUAAAACAUGCUGUGCACGAUUCCCUUUCAGCUCUUUCCAGAAGAAGAGCACAACAGUCAUUAAGCAUCCGAGCGGGGUUGUGCAGGAGUAUGUGUGCGGAGCCCCAGAGAUUGUGCUGGAGAGGUGUCAGAACACGAUGCUAGAGGAUGGUCGCCUGGAGCCACUUGAUGCCAAGAGGCGUGCCUACUACGAGAGUGUAGUGCGCAGCUACGCGCAGGCUGGCCUUCGUACAGUGUGCUGCGCCUACGGAGAUGUGCAACACACGGAGGCCGCUAUGCCACAUGCCCCGCCUAAUAUACCGUUAAAUUUUCUGGCAGUGAUUGCACUGGAGGAGGUUAUUCGAUCAGAAGUGCCCAGGGCACUAAGUAUGUGCGCCCGCGCUGGGCUGCGCGUGAUCAUGAUCACUGGUGACGCACUGCUCACGGCCAUCAACAUCGCAAGCCGCUCCGGUCUCCUACGGAUCCCAGAGACCACCAACAGUGAGGACCUAGGAGCCUGCCCCUCUUCCCCCCUUGUCGAUACACUGAUAACAGGUGGCUAUGUGGUGGAUGGGCCAGUCUUUCGAAGCCUCAGCGAUAGCGAGAUACUGAAUAGAUACAUUGGAAACAUCUGUGUUUUGGCCCGCGCAACGCCUCUCGAUAAGAAACGUCUACUGCAAUUGUUGAAGCGGUAUGAUCCUCUUGCCGUUGUGGCAGUGACAGGUGAUGGCACCAACGACGCUCCGGCACUCAAGAUGAGUGACGUUGGGUUUGCGAUGAAUAGCGGUAGCGAUGUGGCAAAGAGAGCUUCUGAUAUUCUCCUCCUCAACGACAACUUUGCCGGAAUGGUGAGCGCGACUAUGUGGGGUCGAAAUGUGAAGGACAACAUCCGGAAGUUCUUGCAGUUCCAACUGACUGUGAACUGCGUGGCAUGUCUUGUAGCUUUUUGUGGGGCGCUAAUGAACGAGCAGAAUCUCUCGCCGCUGAAGCCGGUGCAGUUGCUGUGGCUAAAUCUUAUUAUGGAUACGCUGGCGGCGCUGGCGCUGGCGACGGAGUUGCCAUCUGAAUCGACGCUUCUUUCACGACCACCUGAGCCGCGCAGCGCACCUGUCAUUCUGCCAAGCAUGUGGUUUCAGGUGGCAACUCAAGGUUGCUUUCAAUUGUUCUCACAGUUAUACAUGCUUAGCUCCGGUUGUAGAUUAUUCACAAAUGAAGACACUUCAAAGAAAGGGCGCCUCUCGAGCUCAGAAAUUGAAUAUUUUGGACCGAAACAUCUCUCUAUUGUGUUUAAUCUGUUUGUGUUGAUGCAGGUGAUGAAUUUCUUUAACGCCCGCCUUUUGGAUCGAGGGGAAAGCUUCUUUGGACGCUGUGAAGACAGCUCAGGCUUGCUGUUUAUUGUAUUCAUAAUUGUACUUGUGCAGGUGUUUAUUGUGCAGUGUGGUGGUCGCUUCAUGUCAACUGUUCCAUUAAGCAUGAACGAGUGGCUUUUCUGUACACUCUAUGCAAGUGGAAGCCUCGUCGUUGGGGCCUUGUCCCGCUUCUGGUGGUGGCGGUGGCGUGGAAGAGUUCUGAAUGUCGGCUGCAGUGAUGAUGCGUUCGCUGCUCGGCAGCGGUAG